ACGAUACCGACACAACCGCUCGACUUGUCUUCAAAGACCAUGGCCCCAAUGUCGAUUGUUUCCCGAAAAAAGGUGUGAUGUCGACCGAGUUCGCAACAGCACAUUUCGACGUUCCUGGAAACGUCUCUGGAACAUUGACCAUGAAGGGUAAAACCUACAACAUCACCGGUCUUGGCCUCCGUGACCACGCCUGGGGCCCCAGGGAUUGGGGCAAUACCGUAUACUCCCACCGCUGGGUUUGCGGCACUGCUGGACCCUCUUUCUCAUUUGUUGCCGUCUCCUGGCAUUCCACCAACGAUGCGAUUGCCAAUUUUGGAUGGGUCGUUCGAGAUGGCCAAGUUAUCCUAGCUUCCUCCAUUGAUCUCCUUACGUACAUGGAGAUGGAUAGCUGUAUCAACCGCGGCGGGCGGGUGAAGUUCACUUUGACCACGGGCGAAGUGUUAGAUGUAGAGUGUACGGCUGUGCCAGCGAAGUGUCUGGUGUGCUAUCAUCACGACAUCGCCUGCGUGGAUCGGAUUUGCAAGUUCAUGUGCGCUAGCAAUGGUACUAGUGGAUUCGCAAACUUCGAAAGCAGUUCGAAUAUCCAGUUUGGGAAGAGGAAACCCAUCGCGCUGGUCGGGGGCGUGAUUGAGGAUGGUUUUACGCCGGCUUGAAGUUGACUGAUCUGCUGCCUCGCAAGGGCGACGAGCGACCUACUGAUCCUUUAUAAUGUCUUCUAUUUCCGUCUCUUUCCGGGGGCGUAGGGGGAGCGUCGCCAUGAUUGACGGCUACAUGCCCUUGUUCUUGUUGUUCAAUUCAGU